ACCCUUCUUUUCUCUUCCUCUUCCAGAUUUGUACCCUUCACUUCAUCUUCAUCUUCAACGACAGGGAACAACCUCAAGCUCUCUGCUGCUCCUCUCAAGGCGGAUUGGUUGGACUCUUUGUCUUGCCCUCCCGCCGAAGACCCUACCCCGACCAAUGCGGAUUCUACUUGGGUCAUUGGUAUUGAUCCUGACCUCUCCGGGGCCUUGGCCCUCGUGAAAACCGAUUCCUCUGGUUGCUCCGCUCAGAUAUUUGAUUCGCCGUACUUGCCUGUUCAAGUUGGAAACAGAGUUCGAAAACGUUUAGAUGCCAGGUCAAUCGUUCACUUGGUUAAAAGUUUAGAGGCUCCUACUGGCACUGUUGCAUAUAUAGAGCAAUCUAUCCCCUUUCCUAAAGAUGGGAAACAGGGUUGGUGGAGUGGAGGAUUUGGGUAUGGAUUAUGGAUCGGGAUACUAGUUGCCUCAGGGUUUUCUGUAGUUCCAGUAUCAUCGUUGUUGUGGAAGAAAGAGUUUGAACUCACUGGAGCUGGCUCUACAAAGGAUGAUAGUCGGAGAGUUGCAUCAACUUUAUUUCCCUCAUUGAGUGAUAUGUUGAAAAGGAAAAAGGAUCAUGGAAGGGCUGAGGCUCUGCUUAUUGCUGCAUAUGGAAAAGGCCUGAGAAUGAAGGUAGACCCAUCACUUGUUUUGGAAAGCUCAGUUCAUACAGGUUCCGAACUUCCCAUAAUUAUUAUCAUCUUUUAACUAGUAACCAUCGUCUUAAGGCUGAUUUGAAUGGCGAACGGUAUGAAAAUAGGAAAUUGUAGACGCCGAGUGGAUAUUGAAUUUGGAAAGCAUAGUGAGAAACAGUAA